AUGACGCCUCCAAUUUCUGAGACAUUGCCAGACCACGAAAAUGGGUCCACAGUGAUCGCUAAAAUUGAAAAUCUGCAGAGUGUGUAUAAGAAAAAUCUAGACUAUCAUGAGGCAGCUGCAACAAAGGCGCGAGAGGCGGAGCACCUUUCAAGUAUCAAGCUUCACCGACAAGGCGAGCUUCUGGAAGAUGCCCUGAAAGCAGCGGAUGCAGCGCUAAAGGAAAACAAUGAUCUCAGGCUUAGGCUUGAUAGCCUUGGCAAAGGGAUGCGGGAUUUGAGCGACGAGGAAGCAAACCAAAUGACAAGUCAACUGUACGACGAUCUUGAAGAUUGGAUCAAACGACACUAUGGAACGUUGCAACCCGGGAAUCCAGAAAAAGGUCCGGACGUGGAUUCGCACCAGGAACAAGAGCUUUUCUUCAACAUAUAUGAGGAUAUAUCGCAGCAGAUCUUCCAUAUUAUCCUAAGUCGCUUUGUUGUAGGCACAGGUAAUCCUGGGAUGAACCAUGCGCUCCGCAUGCUUGAUGAGAAGAAUAAUGAAGACCCCAGGGAUAUCGGCCAAUAUUGGCGUGCUGGAACAAGUAGUGCAGCUCUGGCGCUUGCAAGACCUGAGCUGGAAGUCACUCUCAGUCAAAUAGUUGAGUUUAUUGAGGCGCGAUACUUGCAUACUAUGCCGCAUGAUUUUGCCACACGUAGCGGGGAACUGAAAGAACUGCUGUGGAGAUUCGUCAAAUGGAAAGGAAGAUUGGAAUGUCAAAGUGUCUUAUUCUACUUCUGGUGGGUUUCGCCCCGAUUGCCAUUUCGCACGGAAAUCAUGACAAAUCUCACCGGGGAUGACGACCCCGAUGCUAUUGUUCAUCGCAGUUUAUCGCCAAUCCUGUACAAGCUGAUACCGGGUGAUUCCGAGCCCACGCUUGUACACCGAGCAUUAGUACAGAUUACCAGUGAUCCCUUGAUCAGUGUUGACCUUGGAAAGCGAACCCGUGAACGAAAUGCUUCAAAUUGA